UGUGAAACAUCAUCGCUUUGCUCACAGCCACAGCGCAGCAUAAUAUUCGCGAUACCUGUACAGAUAGCAGUAUUUUGUGUGCUUUCGUCGUUGUGCUAUGCUGUAAAACUGGUUAUCAUUGCCUAACUAAAAAGCAUCUCUUUUCACUCCUUAACAGAAAUAGUAAAUCAAAGUACGUUUAGUGAAAAUAGGAUAACUGAAAUCAAAAAUAGAUUCAGGAGAACCUGUAAACGGGAUCGGAAUUUGAUUUUUACCCUCUGCACCACCGUAAGAAGCAAUGUCCUUUACCGAGCGGCUCGCCGGCCUCAUGGCCCGUCCCGGUCAGGACAACGUACCCAGGGAUGAUGUACCGUGGCAUCUGAAAUACGGCGGACGUGCGGUCGGCAUUGUGGGUGGAUUCUUCGCCGUUCUUUUCGGUCUAUAUAACUGUAUUGGAAUUCUACUAGGAGACAUCGGCUGUCUUGUAGGCGGUAUCCUACAGAUAUUGGCGGGUUUUGUGGUCCUGGCCAUAGAAGCACCAUUUUGCUUCAUAUUCAUCGAUUAUGUCCAACAGGUAGCGGAAAAGGCUGACCAGCGGCCUUACUGGAAUCGAGCUGCCCUCUACUGCGUAAUCGCCAUUCCACCUGUAAUUCUAUGCCUUGGUUUGGGAAGUUUAUUCGGAUGUGGUCUUAUAUUCCUCACAGGAAUGAUCUACGGAAUGAUGGCGCUGGGCAAAAAGGGUACACGCGAGGAUAUGGCGGCGAUGGCAUCGCCUAAUGCGAUGUCGCCGGUACAGGGCGUACCGUCUACUGAUCAGCACUCGACCUUAAUGGAGGAUCCCGAUAGCGUCAUUUGCGGAAAUGCGGGCAGCGGCGGCGGCGGCGGCCUCGUCCGCUGAACAGGGCAGAAGUGGUAGCAGCGGCGGAGCAGUGAACCUAGCACAGGCCGGAGGCGUUCAGAGCAGCAAGCAAAACUCCACACUGGUGAAUAAUGUGCAACCGAUCGCUUACAGUAUGCCUCCACCGUACGACAGUGUAGCCUAAGAUGGAAAAGAUUUCGUGAAAUGCCCCCAAGCCGCGUUCCAAAAACAAAAACAAGAAUAAUUAACUCUCCCAAAAUGGCGAAGUAAAAAGAAAAAUAACUAGCAUAUAUUAAAUUACAAAGUCCUCCGUUGCAUUAGGGUCUGUUUUGUUAGUUUUUGCUGCAGCUCCCGUGAGAGCAAUGGAUACGCAAUUAAUCCGAUUAUCCUUAAUAAUAUUGUUUAUUAGCUAAACUAACUGAUAGUCUAAUUGAAUAAACUCUAUUAGACCUUGUAUUAUCAAAUACAACAUGUGUUGUACAUUUUUUACAAAAUUUAUGUACAUUUUUUGUUACUUGGCUAGAAACACAGUAAAUACACAUUAUAUUCAGGAAGCAGACAGAAAAAGGAUCUAUGCUAGGCCAAUGAGCUGUUAAUCGUCAAACUGUGAGAUAUAUCAAAUUUAGUUAGCCGAACUCUAUUUAUUACACUUAACCUCCAGUACAUUGAGAAAAGACGUUCGUGUUUUUUUAAUGUUCAUAGUCGAUAGUUUUUUUUCGCUGAAAACUUAAUUUGAAGACAAUGUACAGUGGUCAAGUACUAGUGUACGAGAAGUAAGCAUUAUUAUAAAACUCUCGUAAUAAAUAUCAAUAAUAUUAUAUAUUUAAAUUAAGACUGGCAUUGACAAAGCUUAAGUAAACUAAUUGAGUUGAAAAUUCAAACUGCUGUUUCUAUUGCUUUUCGAUCGAUUCAAACAUUCCUCGUUAACGCAACGUAUUUCGGAAGACCUAAUUUGCCUAAUUCUCGUAUGCACUCAGAUUUUUCUACGGAUAAUUGUUUUGUUACGUUCGAGAUAGUUCUAUUUAUGACAUUAUAAAGCAACAUAUCAAUGAGUUCUAUAUUGUAUUCCCAUGAGGACAAACUGCUAUCCAAAAUAUCUAGAAAUGGAUAUUCCAUCCAUUCCAUCUUAGGGCAAAACGCCGUGACGUUGUCCAAAUAUCAUUUGCUCAUUGAACUACUAUUAAAGUAUAAAUUAGGAAAUAUAAUUUUAGGGCAGAACGACGGUCUGCAAGAAAACAAGCAGAUUACUGCGAGAAAGCAAACCCAGUAUCAAUUGAAAGCUGUAGAACUAAUUGCAAUCCAACUCAAGAAUUGUAGACAUUAAUGCGCUUUUCCGUUGCUUUUUCGUUUUUUAACUAGCAACAUCAAUAUCGGAGGCCAUUCGCGGCUGCUCCGUUUGUUGAGCACAGUCAGGUAGCCCCUGCUGAAGCUGUAGUGUAGGCUCUACAGACGAGGAAACAUAGAAGAUUGAACGAACGUACCGAACUGCACCGUAGUUUGAGCGCCGUGAAUAGAAAUGUUUCGUAGAGUUGUAAGCAAACUGAUCAACCAAAAGCAAAGAGAUAAUGUCUAAAAACCAAGCGUACGUCUACAAUAGGAAUCAUUGGAAAGCUAUUAUAGUUAUUAUUAUAUACAUGUGUGUAACAGUUCAAUAAGUGAAGCAAACAAAGAAUAAGACAAAGCAAAAAGAAGCAAACGCGCAGAAUAAAUCAUUAUGUAAAGAUAUUAUAUUUACAUAAUAUAUUUAUUGUGUACAAUGUAUGAAACGAUAAUAAACAUCUAAACGGAACAUGAACCAGCGAGAAA